CAUGUCCUUGCUCCAUCCUUCGUAUACGAGCUUAUAUAGAGCUAUCAUGUAUCAGUAUGGAAAUUUUUCAAGUAUGCCGAGACAAAUGUUUCAUCGUUAUUUAGUAUGUUAUUUAACUACGACCGCAAUUCUAAUUUGCGGAUCGUCGCAAUGGACUCCUAGACGAACAUUCUGUCCUUCCUGCAGUCAGGACUGCCCAGAAGCGUUAACGUCACCAUGGUAUCCUCGUCGAGAAUCAGAUUUACAAGGCAAAAUCUUACAAGAUUUUUCAAUUACACCGUUUCACAAUUCACCUUCCUUCCAUCUGACACAAAGAGAAAUCUCUCAGAAUAUAGCAUCCGACGACGUUCUUUCGAAUGAGAAUCCAAAACUUCCUAGAAGAUACAGAAGCUUUUCUCAGCAACAACCUGCAAGCGAAUAUCUUCACGCCAGUAGACUUCCAUCUACGCAAUUCGUCGACAAAUCAGAACAACAAAAUUCAUUUCUCGGAAACUUUCCGAAUAAGUUCGCUGAAUUCUCAGACAAACAGAUGACUCUAUCUCUAGACAAACCCGUGAACAACUAUCCUCAUGUCUUUCCAUCAAGACAAUUGUUUAGUGAACCACAGCAGGAAAACUCAUUCUUCAGAAUUCCUCGCGAUAAAUACUCAAUAUCCUUGUUAGAGAAUGUUGAAGACUAUACAGAGAAAGAAGAUCCUACGAGAAAAUUCAACAUCGUUUACAUGAAACCUUCAUGGAAAAAUUCAAGACACAUAUCUUCGAAUGAAAUCGUGCCACGAAAAUUCUUGCCGAUAUUCCAUCAGCAAAGUAUUCUUGACAAGCACAAGAACGAGGAGGAGGAAAGAAGUGCAAUUGUAAAGUCUCCAAAUUCUAUCAGCCGACAAUAUAAUCUUGCAUUUCCUCAAAAUAGAUAUCAUUCUGUAAGAUUUGGUGUACCUAAAGUUCGGCGCGAACCUUAUGUUCUCUCUCAGGAUUUAGACAUGCAAAAGCCGACGAAGAAUGGCAAUUUGGAUUUCAUGAAAAAUUCUUUAGAAACCUCAAGUCUAAAACAGUUGAAAUCUUCUCCAAGUAAUUUUUUUGAGACAUAUUCCGUGGAAGAAGAUGAAAUGACUACUACCAAACACGAUAAUGAGCAAAUUAAUUAUCCUUACACCUUAUCUCAGGAUUCAUAUGAUGUUCGGAAACCUAUAAAGGAUGAAACGACUCUCCCCGAUAAUUGGGACUCUGCGACAGGUAAUAACUUGCAAAAUUUCGUCGAAACUAAUCAACUUAAAGAAACUGAAAAUAAUUGGUCACAAGUAUAUCCUGCAAUUGAAAAAGAUGUUAAAUAUUUCGGCGACGAGGAAGACAAAGACAAGGAAUAUUUGGAAGACGAAAUCGGAAAGGAUACCACCCAGACUGAAACAUCUACUUAUAAUCCUUACGCUCUUCUCUCGAAUAUGAAUAUUUGGAGGACUACAGAAGAUAAAAAACUCCCUAACAAGCAGAAGUUCAUGACUAGCAGAGGUUUGCAAGGAAUUCAAAAGACAAGACAAUCCGAGAUAUAUCCUGUGGAAGAAAAUAAGUACUUUCAGGAUGAAAAUAAAUAUCCGAUCCAGGACGAAAUCGGACGCAUCAGUACUGGUAGAAUUAUCCGUGCGCCUGUAAUUCAUGUUACUCCUUACAUUUUUCCGCAAUCACUUUUGAAUAUUUUAAGCGCUUCUAAGUAUCCUGAGUUUUCGGUCAUUGAUUUGCCAGAAACGAAAAAUAACAUAGUGCGUGCGAAUCCUACGGAAAAAAAACAUGAAAGACUUUUGAAGAGCGAUAAAAUGAUUAUCCUAGACGACGAACAUAACCAGGAUCAGAUUUUCAUUAAAGAUACGUACGAUGCAAGAAAAUAUAAUAGCUUUACUCUCGACAGGAGAUCAGAUACAAAAGAUAAUAUGCAAAAUGAGGCUUUAACAGAAUUUGAUCCUGAUUUAAUAGAUGAAGUCGAAAAUCCUCCAUUAGGACCAACCGAGCAGACGCCAAUAGAAUCUUUUAAAAAACGUCCCACAUUAACAGUAAAGGAGAGCUUUUAGUUAAGAGAAAUCAAAAUAAAUCGCUCUUUAAAUUUAUUUAAUGUAACAGAUGAUGCUAUGUUAAAAUUGUAAUAUACGUACAGGAUUUCCAACUAUAUAUUUUUUUAUGUUGU